UGGGUCCCCACGUGUCCCUAUGGGUCUCUAUGGGAUCCCCGUGUCCCCGCAGGCUGCGUCCCCAGCAUGGUGGACCUGGUGUUCCUGUUUGACGGCUCUGGCAGCCUGACGGCAGCACAGUUCGAGGCCAUGCGGGACUUCAUGGUGGAGGUGAUGGAGCAGCUGAGCAACAGCUCCUUCAGGUUCGCAGCCGUGCAGUUCUCCGACUUCCCGGAGCCGGUUUUCUCCUUCCGCGAUUACUCGGAGCGGCCGCAGCCCCGGCAGCUGCUGCGCCACGUCCGGCAGCAGGGCGGCUUCACCGACACCUUCACGGCCAUCCGAUACGUCGCGGAGCAGACCUUCACAGCAGAGAACGGCUCCCGGCCCGGCGCCCGCCGCGUCCUCAUCAUCGUCACCGACGGCGACGCCACCGACAGCGGCACCGUGCAGGCGGCCGAGGAGCGCGGCAUCGUGCGAUACGUCAUCGGG